GAGGCGGAAGCGCUGAACACGGCUGCGGCUGUACCGAGUGGAUCUGAGUCUGAUCUACACCGAUCUGAUCUAAAUCUGAUUAUAAACAUUUAAAUCGAACAACGCCGCUGUUCUACUAAUGAUCAGGAUGUAGGAUCGUUCACAGACUACAAAUCAGAUCUUUAAACAUAGACUUUGAACCGGGCGUGUCCGAGAGAGAGGGUUUCCAUUCCGGCUGCAUGACGACGGUGCGAGUGCCAGUGACGUACAGGCGGAGACGUUGUUCAUCUGGGAGUCAUUCAGUCGAGAUGUUUGAUGAUUGUAUUCCAGUCCUCCUUCACUCUGUUCCAGCCCUGCCCGGAUUGGCCAUGUGUUAUUAUUUAAACUACUAGAAGUGGUGGACAAAAUAACAGAAACAUGCAAGAACACGUUCAGAUCCAACCAUCCGUCCAUCUAAUGCUCCAUCCAACCAUCCGUCCAUCUAAUGCUCCAUCCAACCAUCAAUCCAUCCAUCGAUCUAUUUAUCCAUCCAACCAUCUAAUGCUCCAUCCAUCCGUCCAGCUAAUGUUCCAUCCAUCCAACCAUCCAUCCAUCCAUCCAUCCAACCAUCCAUCCAUCUAUUUAUCCAUCCAUCCAUCCAACCAUCCAUCCAUCUAUUUAUCCAUCCAUCCAUCUAAUGCUCCAUCCAUCAAUCCAUCCAUCCUUCCAUCCAUCCAUCCUUCCAACCAUCCAUCCAUCCAUCCGUCCAGCUAAUGUUCCAUCCAUCCAUCUAUUUAUCCAUCCAUCCAUCCAUCCGUCCAGCUUAUGUCCCAUCCAUCCAUCCAACCAUCCAUCUAUUUAUCCAGGUACUUUAGUUUCCUUACACCUAACAAAACAUGCAGAAGGUGAAUUGGCAGCACUAAUCCAACCGCCCCCAUCGUGUGUGUGACACUCAUGAUCAUUUACACCAGCUCUUAUGUUCCCUCAGAGCCUCUGAGAUGUUGCUGGACGAGACGCCGCUCUUUGACCCCGGUCUGCUGCAGGAACUGGACUGGAGCAGCAGCUCGGUCACCUUCAGUCCCCCCAUCUCGCCCCUGCAGCCCGGGGACGGGCUCGUCCUGCGCCCCCUCCGGCCCGCCGACCUGGACAGAGGGCUGUAUAAGGUGCUGUCUCAGCUCACGGUGGCCGGAGACGUCACCAAGGAACAGUUCAGAGAAAACUUCGAGCACAUGAAGAGGACGGGCGAUUACUACGUCAUCGUGGUGGAGGACACCAACCUGGGGCAGAUCGUUGCCACGGCGACGCUCAUCGUCGAGCACAAGUUCAUUCGCGCCUGCGCCAAGAGAGGUCGUGUCGAGGAGGUCGUGGUCAGCGACGUCUGCCGGGGGAAGCAGCUCGGAAAACUGUUGGUGGCGGCUCUGACGCUGCUCAGUAAAAAGCUGCAGUGCUACAAGAUCACGCUGGAGUGCGCGCAGAGGAACGUGGACUUCUACAGGAAGCUGGGCUACACGCCGUCGGACGAGACCUACAUGCAGUGCCGCUUCUUGGACUGAGAGCUCCAGGGACGCCCGGAGAACGUCCGGCUCCUCGUACGACCCCGAGCGCGCCUCGUUUACUAUAAGCGGCGGUAGAUGGAAAAAUAUGACGUGAUGAAGGACGGUGAAGAAAGUCUGUACGGAUGUGAAUGUUCGAACCCUCAGCCAUAAUAAGAAUAAUAAACUGGUAGAUUAUAUAUAAGAAGCGUUUCUGUGCAGGGAGAAGGAACUGGAAUCUUUUGUUUAGUUUUUUUAUUACAGAAAUAUUCUUUUCUAUUCUAUACUCUAAUUUAUAUUGUAUGAACGAUGAACUACCUAUAAACGAUUGUGCUGGAUUAUCGUA